CGCGGACAGGUGAAACGCACGAGCCUCAAAGUCCGCAGAGGAGCCACGGGAGGCAGACGGGAGGCUUCAGGUCCGGAGCGGAAAUCACCGGGAAAUCAAAGUGCUGUGUUUUGGUUUGUGGACUCAUCGCCCCCCUCCUCCUCCUCCUCCUCCUCUUCCUCCUCUCCCUCCCUCCUCCUGCUGCCGCGAUUGAUCAGCGAUCGAUUAUCAGCUGUUUUUCACGGCCCGACGCUCGUUGAUUACAGCCGAACCGGGAGGGAAGGAAGGCGAAGAAGGAAGAGAAGGAAGGAAAAGUAGGCAAGCGGAUUUCUGACGUUUUGGGAAGAAGGAGAAAAAGAAGAAGAAGAAGAAGGAGAGAGAGAGAGAGAGAGAGAGAGAGAGAGAGAGAGAGAGAGAGAGAGAGAGAGAGAGAGAGAGAGACCCAGCGCAUCCGAACAGCGAGGACUUCACCUCAGCACAGCGGGAGAUGGAGAGCAAAGACAAGGCGGUGUUAGAGCCGCAGCUGAAGGGCAUCGUGACGCGUCUGUUCAGCGAGCAGGGUUUCUACCUGCAGAUGCAGCCGGAUGGAACCAUCAACGGCAACAAGGACGAGAACAGCGACUACACUCUGUUUAAUCUGAUCCCGGUCGGUCUGCGGGUUGUGGCGAUCCAGGGAGUGAAGGCUGGACUGUACGUCGCCAUGAACGGAGAGGGAUUCCUCUACACAUCAGAUAUCUUCACAGCAGAGUGUAAGUUUAAGGAGUCGGUGUUCGAGAACUACUACGUCAUCUACUCGUCCACGCUGUACCGGCAGCACGAGUCGGGCCGCGCCUGGUUCCUCGGCCUCAACAAGGACGGAGUCAUCAUGAAGGGAAACCGGGUGAAGAAAACCAAACCCAGCGCACACUUUGUCCCCAGACCCAUCGAGGUGUGUAUGUACAAGGAGCCGUCGCUGCAUGAGAUCGAGGAGAAGACGAGGAAAGACUCAGGGAGCCUGAUGCUGAACGGAGGGGAGAAGGUGGGAGACGAGGAGGAGCAGCAGGAGGACUGUACAGAGCAGGACGGCUCGUAGCUGCAGCGCCCCCUGCUGCCCAUAACAGCCACAACAACAACAACAACAACAGCCACAACAACCACAACAACAACCGUGACGACGACAACGAUGUCAGCGACAACA